CCACACUGCUCACAGGGCACCGCACAAUGGCUGCCCACUGCUCCAAGGGGAUGGGUUAAACCCAGAAUUCAUUUCGUUGCUUUUUACUUGUGACAGUUGAAAGUUUAAUUCUGUUCUUUAAGAAAAUGAAAGAAUGUUUUAUCAGUAAUCUCCUCCCAUGGAAAGCUUUUUAUAUUUUCUACAGGAGCGUUAGUAACUUGAUCUUUUAGGGACAGUUUAUAGGAGUUUCUCUCUGGUAGCAUUUCAGUGCUCUUAGAGGCCACGCUGAGCCCAGACACUGAACACAUCAUGAAGUCAGACUGUUUCUGAAGCAGUUGUUGGAGGCAGUUAGCGGAUAAAGACUUAAUAAUAGGCCAUCAGCUCCAAAAACAGAAAAAAUUAUAAUUUGGCUCUAGGUAGAUCAUCUUCACCAUGGCUAAACUGUUGUCAGAGCUGUAUUUGUGUCAUGGAAACGAUCUUUUUAAAUUCUUGUAUUUAUUCAAAUUUGCGGAAUUCAUGUUUCUAAAGUAACUUUAGGACCUAAACAUGGAGUAUGGCCCUCCUGUAGAUCUGUCUUUCAACGGCUUAUUCACGGUCACAGGUAAUUUCUCGUUACUGUUUUCAUUCAAGGAACUUUGCUGCAUUAAUGAUUUUGUGUGCUUAUAUAUACUGUAUAUUGCAAAGCUUAGCAAUGAGUUUAUCGGCAAAAAGAUGAUAAAAAAAAAAAACUUCCUGGAUAUUUGGACUGACUGGUUGUUGUUUAGAAGCGACGUGGAGGGACCCCCGCCCGGGCCUGCGUCCUUUAAGGACCGACUCGCACAACAAGUACCGGACUCGGGCUCUACGUCUCAACUACAACAACAUCAAGGACCUGAGUGACCUUGAAUUCACGCUGAACCACUUCCUGGUAGAGCCAUCCAUGCUGGGCUGGCUCGACUUGUCCUUCAACAAAAUGACCGGAAUCGAUGAUGUUUUAUGUCAGUUGAAUGAACUGCGUAUUUUGUAUCUUCAUGGCAACAACAUCCGUUACCUGAAUGAAGUGAACAAGCUGAGCAAGCUGACUCAUCUGCACAAUCUGACACUGCAUGGCAAUGCUAUUGAUAAACACAAGGGCUACAGGAUUGUGUUUACAUGUUCCGAGGUUCUCUGUGGUUUCUGCGGCUCCGAGAACUCAGACUGCGGCGCAAUGAGCUCCUUCCAGCUGCUGCGGAUGUCGGUACACGAGCGAAUCAGCGCCGCCGCUGAAGACGUCCUGCAGCAGCUAGAACACGGGAAGGAAGCGGCUAAACUCCGGACACAGAGAGCCCUGUUAACCGCCCGGCUAACAGCUGCGGCGGAGGAAAUCUUCGUUCUGUUUAAGGAAACUUUGGCCGAAUACGAGCAGAGACUGCGGCGGUCUGAGGAGGAGAUCUGCCGCCAGAGGAAGCAGCUGGACAUUCUGCUGAAACCUGAAGUCAGACUGAACAGAUCUGAGCAAUCACAGCUUUUUAAAGGCGCUGCGACACCUGCAGCCUGCGGUUACCUAUCCAGUUCCGGUCAACUUCACAAUAAAAGCCCGUCAGAUCAAAGUGAAGAAGAGGAGACUGAAAACAGAGACCUUCUAAAAAUCGUGACCUUAGAUGACUCAGACCUUCCACCUCAGUUCAACCCACCAAACCUAAGUCGUUUUGAGUCCGAUCAUAACAUCAGCGACGCUUCCUGCCCGUCAUCACCACGCUCUUCUUCCCCAUCCUACCACGAGCCAGCCUCUGAGACCACCGAUGAGGACGACGACUGGAUGGACAGUCUGCCUCUCCGAUCCGAAGGCAGAAGGAAAAGAGGAAGGCCCUUUGGGUCAGGUGGGAAAAAGAAGAGAGGUCAGCAUUUCGGAUCUGUUGGGAGACAAGAAAGAAGUCAGCCUGUAGGAGCUGUUGAGAAAAAGAAGCGAGGUCGGCCUCUUGGAUCUCUUGGGAAAAAAAAGAGAGAGCUUUUGGGUCUUGAACCUGUAGGGGAAGUGAAGAAACGAAAGAGGGCACCUCCUACAGAGAGUUUCAGCUGUUACGUCUGCGGGCGUCUUUGUCCUGGAAAAGGCUUCCUUCUGCAGCACGCUCUCAGGGUGUGUAGCAGCAACCCGGAGUGCCGCUGCGGCUUCUGUGGAGAGCUUUCAGAUUCUGCUGACAGUCUGAUGGCUCACCUGCAGGCUCACCAGCAGAACACCAAAACAUGCUCCAUCUGUGGGAAAACAUUCACCUCCAUCAGGGCGCAGGAGUUGCACUUCCGCAUCCACACUGGAGAAAAGCCACACGCAUGCCCCAAAUGUGACAAAAUGUUCAGACAGAAGACUAACCUGGUGUCUCACAUGCUGGUCCACGCUGCAGAAAAGCCUUUCAAAUGUAAGAAGUGCCCCCGGGCCUUCUGCCACUUGACAUCCUUGGAGCGCCACAUGGAGGAGCACAAUGAAGAGCUGAUCAUCUCCUGCAGCCUUUGCAAUCAGGCGUUUAGCAAGCGGAAAGAUCUGCGUAAACACAUGGCGACCACUCAUGGGGACAUUAUUCCUAAAACCAAUAAAGGUCGCACUUCAGUGGUGUCCAACUGCAAAGUGUGUGGGCAGGCUUUUGACCGGAAGAUUCUGUUAGUCAGACACGCAGGGACUCAUGGGCAGGACCCCAACUGCUGCUGCGGGGUUUGUGGAAGCCAGUUUGACUCUAUCGACAGCCUCAACACUCACCUGCGCUUCCAUCGGGUCGCUGCCAGAACCUGUGAAACCUGCGGGAAAUCCUUCCCAGGUCGAUCAGCGCUGUUGAUGCACUUAAGAAUCCACACAGGAGAGAAACCCUUCACCUGCAGCUUCUGCGAAAAGGCCUUCAACCAGAUUGGCAACUUAAAAAUGCACAUGAGGAUCCAUACAGGCGAGCGGGCCUUUUCAUGCAGCAUCUGCGGAAAGGGCUUCACCCAGAAAAACAGCCUGGACACCCACAUCCGCUUCCACAACAAGGAGAGGCGUUUCCUGUGCCAGGUGUGCGGGAAAGGCUUCAUGCAGGAUGUGGACCUGAAGAGACACAUCCUUAUCCACACGGGAGAGAGGCCGUACGUAUGCAGGAUCUGUGGGAAGAGCUUCCAGGCCAGGCGGUCGCUCAACGGUCACAUCAAAGUGCAUGAAGCCAGCGGUAAUGUGGACUACGCAGAGGAAGAGAGGGUGGAGAGUUAUUUUCCUGAGAACUUCCAGCUUAUGCAGAUGGUCUAUAAGGAUACAGCAGUCAGAAACAACAACUACUAUUUUCCUUCCUGCAGCCCCGGGAGAACGGGACUCAGUCCCGGGAUGAAUCUAUCAGUGUUUCCUCAGAGCUUCGGACUCCGGUCUCUGACCGACUCACUGUCUGAGCUCCUUUCUAAAGUCAGUGAAGACAUUUUGGAAGCGCUGGAGAUUCGAGGCGGUGAAGCCAGCUCGGUUCGGGGCUUGGUGGAGCUGCUGCGGCCGCUUCUUGCGGACGGAAUGGCAGCAGCUGUGCAGCGGAUUGUCAUCCUGCUGGAGGGCGAGGUGGAGGUUUACCGGCUGCAGCUGGAGCGGCAGAACCGGCUGCUAGAGGCCGUCCUAAGCCCGGUGGUCCGACUGAAACAGAUCGUUCCCAUGUGCUCCUCUGCAGUCAAGAUGCCCGUAAAAGAUGAAAGCCUCCGUUUGACGUCCGAUCCAGUAAGUUCUGCCUCCUCAGACGUUUCUGUCGCUGAGAGUGAUGAGGAAUGGAUCGGUAUCAAAAACUCAGACAAGAAAGAAAGAGACGGAGCAGAUGAAGAAAGUCAGACUGCCUCUUCUGAUAAACCCGCCUGUUAUCGCUGUGUAAUCUGUGGGAAAACAUUCCGUCACAAAGGAAACCUUGUGAGACAUGUGGAAAAGCAUGCAGACUGCCCAGAGAAUCUCUGUGGAGUCUGCGGAAAACACCUCAAGGCUUCAGAAGACUUAUCAGAGCACCUCAGCUCCCACAGGGACUCCGUUUGCACAAGCAGGACCUGCAACGUCUGUGGGAAGAUGUUUCAGAACAUUGAGACACACUUGAGGAGCCACACCGGGGUGAAACCCUAUAGCUGUGACAUCUGCAGCAGGAGCUUCCCACGAGCUGCAGCCCUGAAGAGGCACAAGAAGAUUCACAGCACAGGGAAGCUCAACUCCCGCCAGAACGGUAGAAUGACGUUUGCUGAGAACCAGCUGGAGCACCUAAAGAAACAUGGAGAUCAGAGGGAAGGGGAUGAUAUAAGACAGGAUGAUGAGUCAGAGACGUUCAAUCAGAAAGAAAACCCCUCGCUCUGCUGCAGAGUCUGCGGGGAUUCAUUUCACAGCCCAGGCUUCUUAACAAAACAUGCAGAGACACACAGUAGCGACUCCAAAUGCAUGUGUGGAGUUUGUGGAAAGCUGCUAGAUUCAUCAGACGGUCUACAGACUCACCUGCAGUCUCACAGAGAGACCGGUGGGACAUGUACCAUUUGUGGAAAGAGUUUCCAGAACAUGGAGACACACAUGCGGAUCCACACAGGGUUCAGGCCGUACCGUUGUUCCAUCUGCUGCAAACGCUUCCCCCGACCUGGUGCCCUAAGGCGACACAAGAGGACCCACAGCUCCAAGCAUCAACACGUCAGCAGGAUAGCAGACACCGAGUCUCAAGAGAACGACCAGAGUGGAAACGCAGACAGUCAAAAUGGCAAGAUGUCAGGUUAUCCAUCAUCCUCCUGCAAAGUCUGUGGGGAGACUUUUCAAGGCAAAGGAAAUCUAAGGAAACAUGCUAAGAGCCACUCCUCAGAGUCUGUCUGUGGAGUCUGCGGUGAGUGUCUGCCGCCAUCUGAGACGCUGACCCGCCACCUGCAGGGUCACAGGGAAGAAGGUAAGGUUUGCCACAUCUGUGGAAACACCUUCCAGAACAUUGAGACCCACAUGCGGAGCCAUACGGGCAUCAGACCAUACCCCUGCAGCAUCUGUGGGAAGUCCUUCCCACGUCCCAGCGCCCUGCGGCGACACAAGAGGAUCCACAGUGGGGAGCGCCCAUACAUCUGCGAGUUCUGUGGGAAGACAUUUACAGAGAGCACCUCUCUGACGGCGCACAUCAGGAAGCACACCACCGAUCGACCUGUCAGCCGUGUCUCCUGUGAGAUCUGCGAGAAGAGUCUGUCGUCUCUACAAGUCCUGGAGGUGCACAUGAGGAUUCACACGGGGGAGAAGCCGUUUCCAUGCCGCAUCUGUGGGAAAGCCUUCAGGCAACUGGGAGGGCUGAAUGCACACAUGCUGACACACACUGGAGAGAAACCGUUCAGCUGCAGCCUGUGCAACAAAAGUUUUAGCACCAAAGGAUACCUGGAGACCCACAUCCGCUUCCACAAGAAGGAGCGGGCCUUCAAGUGCCACCUGUGCUGGAAGGCCUUCGUCACCAAGAACGACCUGAAGAAACACUUGCUGACCCACACUGGAGAGAAGCCCUACAGCUGCCCGGUCUGUGGGAAAAGCUACCAGGAGAAACGCUCCAGGGACGUCCACAUGAAGGUCCACAACAGCACAGAGCCAAUCAGAAGCGAGGAGGGCCUCCAGCCACGCUUCAUUCAGCUGUGAGGAACCAUAUCAGUACAAGCUGGUUUCAUUAACCGCUGAACAGGAAACAUGUAACAGAUGAAGCUUUGUUCUUCUGAAUGGGAAUAAGCAAAAGCAAGAAUGAACCAGACAACUAAACAAGAUGUUUUGGCCUGUUCAGGAGAACAAAGCUGCUGUUAUAAAAGGCUUUAGCUGAAAGAACCAGAAAUUAACUGAAAACUUUAUCUUCUUUAUCAAACUAUUUUAUGAUAGUUUUUAUUCUGUAAUUUCUGGAUUAAGUUGUGACAUACAGACCGGAAAUUAAACUUUUCCGAUUAACGUUUUUUGAUUUCUAAAAAGAAACACU